AACGGAAAGGAAAGUAGGCAACACUUGCAGCACAUAAUGAAAUGUUAAAUUUAGAACUGGAAACAAAUACAGGGUAAAAAAUCUGUAACAAACUCCGCCAAAAUUUCUUAACUUUAAAAAUGGAUGAAGAGGAGUCAAAACCCUUGUUAUUAGACGAUGGGAAUGAUACUUUUAACUCAAACAAUCAAAAAAAGUCUGUUUUCGGAAAGAGAAAGAACAAAAUUGGAGUGGUUGAUACUUUCAAUUCGAUAGAUUUGUUGUUUAACCAAACAGAAGCUGAAGAAGAACCAGAUUAUAUUGUCUCCGUGUUUGUCGUUACUUUUGACACCAGAUGUGGUAAUAUGGUGGAAUGGUCGACGCCAUCAGAGCUAGAUUUAUCCAGCAUAGAGUUUAAAGCAAUGCCAAGUGGGGCCCAUACUGUUGAGUCUGAUUUCAUAUACUUCCGACUUAACAACCUGUUCGGAUUGAGUUGUUUCGAGAAGAUGCGAGUUAAUUCUGUGGAAGAAAGAGGAGCGAGGAUGAAGUCGGUUGGAAUCCUCGCAUCCACGUACACCACAUUGUUCCGUCACAUGCAGUUCCUUGAGAUGCAAGUUAGGCACCACCUGCAGACACCUGGCAACUAUCUCCAAUUAGAGGAGUUUUACAAAGAUCGUCACGGUGUCUUGCCACCCUUGGUUCAACAACCAUCUAAUGCAAAUCAUAUUAAAAAUACAAACCAGUUCCCACAUAUGAAAAUCACCCACCCUGCAGGUUGCUUUUCCCAGUUCAUCAAAUUUUUUGGUGAAAAUAUUUUUGUCCUGUGGAAACUUGUUUUGUUGGGAAAAAGGAUUUUGUUCUUUUCACCUCCGCCAAUCGGUGUUGUUUGUUAUCGGGUUUACUGUGCAUGCUGUUUGGGAAAAGUGGCGGUGAAUGGAUUUGAACACAAAACCCCCAAGCCUUAUUUCUAUAUCAACGUUGCUGAUAUCGAAGACGUGGAAAACGAAUUGAACUACAUUGCUUGCACCACUGAACGUAUUUUCCGUGAAAAAUCUCGUUUAUAUGAUAUCUAUGUUGACAAUCAAGUGAUCGUAUCAACAGACGUACAAUCCAAAGAUCUCCUCAAAGUUAAUAAAGUUGAUAAAGAAAAAUAUCAAAACCUUUUAAACCACAGAAAUGAUUUAUUAUUUCACCAAGAGAUUGGUGAUGACAACGUACCAACAGAAGAAGAAGUUUAUCAAUCCUACUUCAUUCACCAAAACAAUCAACUCUUUGAGACUUUAAUGGAAGCUGCCUCGUCACGUGACAAAACGCUCACAGAAGACCAUAUUAAAGCAAUGGGUCUUGACCCUGUAGGAGACCGACAUUUUAUCAUGGACCUACUCGAGUUAUACGCAAUUGACGUUAUGCUUGUUGUUGAUAACCCUUGCUGUCCCGUGUAGGUACAUUCAGUUUUGCGUGUCUAUACGUCAACCACGAGAGAGAAUGUUUUGAAUGAGUUGUCGAGUCGCGACAGUCAUUCUGCCUUUAGUUUAUCACGCAUGUGCAAUACGUUGUUUUUUAAACCUGUACGAAUUCCUCUAAUCCGCGCUCCAUUAUUUUGCACCAACUUCAACUUUCCGGGGCCUUACACACAAGCGUCCCGCAGUGCCGCGUUUAAUUCCCGAUCUAUUCUUCGGUUUACCAUUUUGGACAUUUCGUCACGAAUUCGAAACCUCACGUUUGACUAACCAACCACGAACACCAACGUAUUAUAUAACGGCGGUCACGGAUUUUGCAGAGAACUGUAUGCAAUUUGGAUACAUUCCAGGCGUUAGGCAAUGAAGCAUAUUUAUAUAGUAAUUCAACGAGGAAAUUAAUUUAUUUAUCCUGUUCAUAUAGUAGGGUGGAGAAAGAUGGAAUACCUUUAGCACAUAAUAUCAAAAUAUCCUGAUCGUGUUUUAAACAAUUAACGGUCUAGGGAAGUCGGGAGGAUACGGUUUUAUAAUUCUUUAAAUGUUAUUUGUUAACUACAAAAUGGGACGAGAAAAUGGAAUAAAAAGGUGUCCCAUCUCACCCCAUCCUACUACAUACAUAUAGUACGUUUAUUUCUUUCAGCGUCUUCCCAUUUUGCAGUAGAAUCCUAAUCACAUAGAACAAAAUACCCGCACCACUGUACAGGUAUAGCGACGUGCACUUCGCUAGUAUAAUGUAGUGUUAGAGCAUAUGUAGCAUUUUCUAGUUACAACGGCUACUAUACAAUUUAAUGCACUACAUAUAUGGAUCAAUGUUCAUCGCAAUCGUAGGUUUAAAGUGGUGCUUAUAUUUAAUCCGGUGUUUAUUUUUUGAUUUUCUUGCGACACUUGACUGCGCGUUUCUUUCGAAUCUAUGCCAUCGUGUCCAUAUAGUUUAUUAAACCAUGUAGAAAAAAAUAUUAA